AUGGCGCCGCCUUCGCAAAAGCCAGCUGGGGCGCAGGCCACCAUCAGCGCCUUCUUCAAGCCCAAACCCAGCUCCAGCUCCAGCUCCAACGGCGCUAGCUCAUCUGCCGCCCGCCCUCCAUCAGAGCCUCCAUUCAAGAAGCCACGCCUGGCUGUGUCCGAGGCACCUCGCCGCGAGACCUUGGCUCGCAUGGACAGAUGGCGCUUCGAAAAGGACACCUCCACCACCACCACCACCACCACCACCACCACCACCGAACCGGACCCGACAGUGAAGCCGGAAUCGUCACAAGCAAACAGUGACCGCUCGUCCGAGGCAGACGCCCGCCAUAGAGCCUUUCGCAAAAAGCUUCUCGGCCCCGACUUUGCCGUCGACCGCCAUGCCCGCAACCAGAUGCAGAUCGAACGCAUGUCCGCCGCAGACACCCCAACGUCAGAGGAUGCGCUCGAUGCGCCUGGAUCGGCGGACAACGCGAUCGUUCUGGAAGACGAUGAUGUUGACGACACCACAGAAGCGGCAGAUCCUCCCUCGAAUCGUUUUGACCGUUUUGCGGCUGUCGAAGGGUCAUCAUCCACCGCCAACAAACCAUCCAGCUCGCGUGCAAAAGGCAAAGGCUCGGCAAGCCUCGACCCAUCUGGACCCACAUACACCCCACUCGAGAAGCAGAUCCUCGAACUCAAGGCUGCGCAUCCCGGCGUGCUACUCGUCAUCGAAGUCGGCUACAAGCUCAAGUUCUACGGAGAGGACGCGCGCAUCGCCAGCAAGGAGCUCAACAUCAUGUGCUUUCCCGAGCGCAAUCUCCUCACCGCUAUGAUCCCCGUGCACAGACUCCACAUCCACGUCAAGCGCCUCAUCCAGGCUGGUCACAAGGUCGGCGUCGUCCGCCAGAUCGAGACACGCGCUCUCAAAGCGGCGUCCAAGAACGCCUACACCCCCUUUGUGCGCAAACUCACCGCGCUCUACACGGCGAGCACUUGGAUCGACGACCUCGCCAGCUCCGACGACGUCAACUUUGCCACAGGGGCCGCGCACACCUACCAACCCAAAUCGCUCAUGGCGCUCGUCGAGCAGUCCGAGGGCGGCAACGGCCCCGAAGACCGCGUCGCCAUCGGCCUCAUCAGCGUCGAGGUCAACACUGGCUAUCUCACUUACGACCAGUUUUCCGACUCGCAUGCCCGCACCGAGCUCGAGACGCGCAUCGCUCACCUCGCGCCUGCCGAGCUGCUCGUACCGCAGGAGCUUACACGGCCAACCGAAAAGGUCAUCGGAUACCUCCUCGGCAGUGGCGCAGAGGGCGGCGUGAGGAUCGAGCGUGUCGCGUCCAAGCUCGACUACAACCAGGCCUUUCAGUCGGUCACACAGUUCUACCGCGAUCGCGCUUCUGGCGACAGUGACGGCACCGACGUCGAGAUGGAUGUAGACGCACAGAACAAGCGCCCUGCCGAGCUCAUGUCUCUGAUACAAAGCCUCCCACACCUCGCGCUCAUCGCGCUCGCCCAGAUCAUCCAUCACCUCCAGGCGUUCAACCUCGAAAGCAUCUGCACGCUCUCGACCAACUUCCAGUCGUUUUCGUCGCGUACCACGAUGCUCUUGAACAGCAACACGCUCGCCAAUCUCGAGAUCUUCCGCACCGUCGAUGGCCACGAGAAGGGCAGCCUCAUCUGGCUGCUCGACAAGUGUCGCACCAGCAUGGGUCGUCGCCUGCUGCGCAAGUGGGUCUCGCGCCCGCUCACCGACGUCGACGCACUCGAGAGGCGUCUGGACGCCAUCGAGGCCAUCAUCUCGGCCAAGAGCUACGUGGUGCGCAUGCUGCCCAACUUUCUCCAGGGACUGCCAGACCUCGAGCGUGGACUUGCGCGCAUGACGUAUGGGCGUGCCACUCCCACCGAGCUCGCCACCGUGCUGCUCUCGCUCAACCGCGUCACGCAGGAGGUGCGCCCCGCCGAGCGCGACACGUGGAAGCUCGACUCGAGCCUGGUGGAGGAGCAUCUGCUCAACCUCGCUGCAGGCAAGACGGCGGUGCAGACGUACCUCAACCAGAUCUCGAUCAAGGAGGCGCGCGCGAACAACAAGGCGGAUCUGUUUGCGGAUGCCGAGCGGUAUCCGGCGAUCCAGACGGCCAAGGACAACAUUGCGAUCGUCGAGACCGAGCUGCGCGAGCACCUGCGCGAGCUGCGCAAGACACUGCACCGGCCGAGCCUCGAGUAUGCCAGCGUGUCGGGCGUCGAGUAUCUGGUCGAGGUGCGCGUGGCCGACGCGAAAAAGGUGCCGGCCGACUGGCUGCGUGUGAGUGCGACCAAGGCGAUGGUGCGCUUCCACACGCCCGAGGUGAUCCGGCUCACGCGGCUGCGCGACCAGCACAAGGAGACGCUCGCCGCGGCAGCCGAGAGUGCGUUCAGCGACUUUGUGCGAGCCUUGUGUACGACCGAGUACGUGGUGCUGCGCAAUGUGGUGACGAGCCUGGCGGUUCUGGAUGUGCUCGUGUCGCUGGCAGAGCUUGCGGCGAGCAGUGGAUACACGCGGCCGCGGUUCGAGCGGUCUUCGCCGCGCGAUGGCGAGUCAGGCGUGCGUGUCGAGGUCAAGGCGAUGCGUCAUGCUAUCCUCGAGGUGGUAUCUCCGCUGCCGUAUAUUCCCAACGAUCUGGUGCUGUCGGACGACACGUCGCGCGCGGUGCUGCUGACCGGUUGCAACAUGGGCGGCAAGAGCUCGGUGGUUCGGACGCUGGGGUUGCUUGUGGUGCUUGCGCAGAUUGGAUCGUAUGUCCCAGCGGCGGAGGCCAAGCUGGGUGUGCAUGACGGCGUGUUUGUGCGCAUGGGCGCGCGCGAUGCCAUGUUUGCCGGUCGCAGCACGUUUAUGGUCGAAGUGGCCGAGACCGCCGAGAUUUUGCGCGCCGUGACGCCUCGUAGUCUGGUGAUCCUCGACGAGCUCGGACGCGGGACGAGCACGCAUGAUGGGGUGUGCAUUGCAUGGGGCGUGCUCGAGUAUCUGCUGCAGCUCAAGAGCAUGCCCAAUGUGGUGUUCAUCACGCACUACCUCCAGCUGGCCGAGCUGGUACGGCGGUAUGGCGCGAGGAACAUGCACAUGGCGUAUGUGCAGCGCGACGGCAUCCAGUUCCUGUACACGCUCAAGCAGGGCGCCACAGCGUCGUUUGGCAUCCACUGCGCCAAGUUGGCCCAGCUGCCGAGCGAGAUCACGCACACGGCCGAGGCGGUGGCGCAGCGCAUGCAGGCGGACCACGAGACGAGAGUGCAGGUGGCCGCGGCCAAGAAGGUGCUCAAGAGCGUGUUUGCGGGCGAGCUUGGCGUGGAGGCGGUGAAGGCGGUGCGCGAUGCGGUCGCGCGCAGGCAGCCGUACGAUGCGUAG